AUGGAGGCCGAGCCGGUGGCUCCGGCGUCCGUCGAGGAAGGGCAGUCGGAGCAUGUUGGUAGAGGAGAGAGAGUUGUUAAGCGUUAUAAGACAUCGAAACGAACUUUUGCGGAGACGGCAUCCGAUCACCCCAUGUUGGGAGAAGACAACGGUGACGUCGAAGAGGAAAAUUGCUGGUUUGACACCGAGAUCGUGGUGGAGUCAGACAAGGAGGAUGAUGAUCCCUCCGCGGCCGGGGAUAUCCCAGUGGUUAAGUUUUCUAAAAAACAACGCGAGGAAUGGAUCAAACCUUGGAAGAACGCUUUGCUGGUCAAAUUCUUGGGCAAGGCGGUGGCUCUACCUCUCUUUCAACAGAGGAUGCUACGCAUCUGGAAACCGGAAGGGAGAUCGGAAAUCAUUGACUUGGGUUCGGGGUGGUUCAUUGCUAGAUUCCAACUCCAGAAGGAUUGUCUGCAUGUACUGGUCGAUGGCCCCUGGAAGCUUUUCAAUCACUACGUUGUGGCGCAGAGAUGGCGUCCGAACUUCAGGCCAGAGACUGCAAAGGUGGAAAGGAUGGCGGUCUGGACCCGCCUGCCUGGAUUGCCGGUUGAGUUCUUCAGAGAAGAAGCCAUCAAGGAGAUUUUGAGAAACGUGGGGACCCCGUUGAAGCUGGAUACCACCACGAUCGGUGUCCAGAGAGGACAAUUCGCGAGAGCGGUGGUUGAGAUCGACCUCUCUAAGCCUCUGGUGGCGGUGGUUAACGUGGAAGAUUACCCCCAAAAAAUAGAAUUUGAGGGGCUAAAAGUGAUCUGUUUCGAUUGUGGUGAGAUUGGUCAUCGCUCUACGGACUGCCCAAAAAACCAAUGUAACAAAGACCCGGCCGCUCCGAUGAAUGACACGACUGAUGGAGUUCAGGGGGCCAUGAAUGUGGAGCAACAAAAUCAACCACCCCCAGUGGAGAAGCAUGGUGAGUGGAUGAUUGUCAAAAGCAAACGCAAACCCAAAAAUAUGUCCACGAACAGGCAGACCACGAAACCAAGCAAAGGGGAUAAAGGUCAAUCCCGGACUACUGCCAGUUCUGGGAAAAAGUCGGCUAAUGCCAGGAACAAUAAUCAAUUUGAGUCCCUCCGAAGAACGGGGAACACAGCAGUAGCAAAGAAUCCACGAGACAGGAAUAAAGAAGUGUUGGCUCCAAAUAAAGGAGGGCUACUUCUUUUAUGGAAUCACGGGAGUGUGAAUCUAGAAAUCAUGAGUCAUUCAUCCCAAGCUAUCCAUACAAAGGCAAAGCAGGAGUUAGGUGACUGUUUUAUCACCUUCGCGUACGUCAGACCCAAUCUCAUAGCCAAAUCUAGGUUCUGGGAUGAGUGCAGGACCGUUGGCAACACGCUCCAGGCACCUUGGAUUUUGUUAGGGGAUCUUAAUGACAUCGCCUCAGACGGGGAGCAAUGGGGUAGUGACUCAAUUUGUUCCUCGGCGGUUCAAAGGUUUGUUGAUGCUCUAGAUAGUUGCGGGUUGUUCGAGUUGGAAGCUGCUGGGAGUCGGUUCACCUGGUGUAGGCAUGUUGGCAACCGCGUAGUUCAAAUGCGCAAACUGGAUAGGGUUCUUUGGAAUAUGAGUGCUCAAGCUCGGUUUCCUGAGGGAAAGUCAAUUGUCCUGCCUAGGCUCCAUUCGGAUCACCAUCCGGUCCUUUUCCUUGAUGUGGCGGGUAAUCCACCGGACAGAGAUACUCGUCCUUUUCGCUUCGAGGCAGCCUGGCUAGGAAGGGAAGAUUACAAGAAGCUCUGGGAAGACACGGUCAAGUCUUUUGAGGGCGGUUUAGAGGUUUUUAUCCCAGCCAUCACAGAAAAAAGCAAAUUGUGGAAUAGGGAGGUGUUUGGGAACAUCUUUCAAAGGAAAAAACAGCUAGAGGGGCGGAUUCGCGGGGUCCAACAAUCCCCCAACUUCGCAGUUUCAGGCAGCCUACAAGCCCUGGAUAGGCGCCUUAACAUGGAACUGAAUACAGUGCUGGAUCAGGAAGAAACCCUUUGGUUCCAGAAAUCUAGAACUAGUUGGAUCAAAGACGGCGACAGAAAUACUCGUUUUUACCACAAUUCGGCGGUCAUCAAAAGGAAUAGAAAUCGUAUCAGAUUUCUUAAAAUCAAUGGUUCUUGGACGGCAGACCCCACAAUUAUAUCCAGGCAUAUCACUGACUUUUUUUCGUCGUUGUUUUGCAGGUCCUCAUUGAUCGGAGGGUCGGAGAUUGCACCAAUAGAGAAUAACCGAAAACUUUCUUCGGCCCAAUCUCGACGCCUCGUUAAUACGGUGCCUAUGGAAGAAGUUAGAAAAGCCGUGUUCGGUAUGAAAAGGUUCGGUAGCCCGGGGCCGGAUGGCAUUCCAGCGGCCUUCUAUCAACACUAUUGGGAUUCGGUGGGACCAGCCCUAACGCAGAUGGUUAAUCAAGCGUUACACUCCGGGACUGUGCAUAAAUCCCUCUUGGUGGCCUUCAUGUGCCUUAUCCCCAAGAAAGAGGCUCCGGAGUCUGCAGCAGAUUUCAGACCGAUAUCUUUACUGAACGUCGCCUUCAAAGUUAUCUCCAAAGUGUUAGUCAACAGGAUGCGACCCAUCAUGUGCAAGCUUAUUGGUCCACAUCAAAACAGCUUUCUGCCAGGCCGUUCCACCCUUGACAAUAUUAUCUUAACGCAAGAGAUCAUUCACACUAUGUAUAAGAAGAAGGGGCGCAAGGGCCUUAUGGCGGUAAAAGUGGAUCUCCAGAAAGCCUAUGACAGCGUAGAUUGGGCGUUCUUGGAGGACACCCUCAUGGGUUUUGGCUUCCCCAAGACCUUCAUUGAUCUUGUUCUUUACUAUCUAAGGGAAAGCAGCAUUUCCAUCCUUUGGAAUGGGGGUACCCUUCCCCCCUUCGUGCCGGGGAGAGGCCUUCGUCAAGGAGACCCGCUUGCUCCUUAUCUCUUUAAUCUCGUUAUGGAACGUCUAGCUUACGACAUUCAAAGAGAAGUGUCAAGAGGUAACUGGAAGCCCAUAUCCAUCUCUCGGGGAGGCAUCGGGAUCUCUCACCUUUUCUUCGCCGAUGAUCUUAUGUUAUUUGGAGAGGCUAUAGAACGCCAAGCAAAAGUCAUGAGCGAUUGCUUGGAUAGGUUGAGCAGGGUGUCUGGCCUAAAGGUCAACCUAACCAAAUCCCAGAUUUUCUGUUCGCCUAACACGGGGUCGGGUUCCAAACAGAAUAUGGAAACAGCCAUGGGUAUCCCAGUCACCCCUCAUCUCGGCUCCUACUUGGGCAUCCCCCUCCUCCAAAAGAGGGUUUCGAGAGACAUGUUUGGUUCUAUUCUAAGCAAGAUGAGACGGAAACUAGCCUCCUGGAAGGCUAACUCGCUGAGCAUGGCGGGUAGAAGAGUCCUGGUUCAGUCCUCCCUCUCUACUAUCCCGACCUAUACCAUGCAAUCCUUAUCCCUCCCGGUGAGUACCUGUAAAGACAUCGAUAGAAUUUGCAGGAAUUUCCUUUGGGGCCAUGCAGAAGACACAAGAAAGAUACAUACGGUUAAUUGGGCCACAAUUUGCAAGUCCAAAGAAAUGGGGGGCCUGGGGCUCAGAUUAGCAAAAGACUUUAAUCUAGCUUUCAUGAUGCAGUUGGCCUGGCAAAUGACGAACUGUGCAGACAAAAUAUGGGUUCAAGCUCUCAGAGAAAAAUACGUCAAAAGCCAAGAUUUCCUGACGGUCCCCCCGCAAACCAACGCCUCAUGGGGGUGGAAAGGGAUUCUUAAGGGUCGGGACAUCCUGAGAAAGGGCAUCUGUUGGAAGGUGGGUACCGGAGAGUCGUUAAACGUUUGGAAGGAUCCGUGGGUGGGGACAGUUCCUCUAGCAGACAUACCUGGAGUAUCUAUUCCACCCUCGCUGCUCAACUUACAGGUUAACAACUUAAUCAAGGAAGAUAAGACGUGGGAUCUUACUGAAGUGCAGGACUAUCUCCCGGACAGCGUGACCAACUCCAUUAGAGCCAUACCGAUUGCUUUAACGGAGAGUCCUCAUGAUGCUAUAUCUUGGCCUCACUCGGGAACAGGUUCUUUCACGUUAAAGUCUGGCUUUAAUUUUAUUGCAGGUCAAGAGACAAUAGAAGAAGACCUCAGUUGGGUUUGGCACGUAAAGUGCACGGAGAAAGUAAAACUCUUCAUUUGGAAAAUCACUCAAAACGGGCUCCUCACGAACUCGGAGAGAAGCCGUCGUGGGUUGUCGACCGAUGCAAUCUGCCAGAGAUGCGAUGGUGUUGACGAAUCCUUGGACCACAUUUUCAGGAGAUGCGAUUUUGCGUUGGACUGCUGGGCAAACUCCCAAGCUCCAGCCUCUUUCAACGCUACUGCUUUCACACCCCUUUCCCUUUGGAUCAAGGACAAUUGCGACAUGAUGAGAAACGCUACGAAUCAGGGAAGUUGGACCACGAUUUUCCCCUACCUGCUCUGGUCUAUUUGGAGAGCUAGGAACGAUAUAAUUUUUAACAAUCGUAUGGUGCAGGUUACUGAGACGGUGUUGCGAGCGAAAAAGGAGGCUAGUGAGGCUGAACGCCUUCUAAUUAAACAUGGAGGGAUCAUGCUUGGAAGGCAGCUUUGGAUCAGCUGGAAAGCACCUUCAGAAGGGUGGUGCAAACUUAACACUGAUGGGGCUAGGAAGGCGGCAACAGGUCUGGCUUCGGCCGGGGGCGUGCUGCGAGACCACGAGGGAGCUUGGUUGACCGGUUUCACCUCCAAGAUUGGUAUCACAUCAAGCUUCAUUGCUGAAUUGUGGGGCCUCCGGGAAGGCCUCAAAAUGGCAAGGAGUUGGGGCGUGCAUUGGCUCACGCUGGAAGUCGACUCGGAAGCUGUGCUUAAUGCUGUCUUGGGUGACAAUGAAAGCCGUCCGGAAGCCAACACCAUAAUUGGAGACUGCAAAGCCUUCAUGAGGAUGUUUGAACGGUGCCUCAUCACCCACACACUCCGCGAAGGCAAUCGGUGUGCGGAUGCUCUGGCAAACUUGGGGCAAAAUAGCAGUUGGGGAACAACGAUCCUCGCCCUCCCGCCGGAGGAGAUUCAAUCCAUCCUGAGUAGUGACGCUCACGGCGUUGCUAUUAGAAGAAUCUACUAA